AUGCACUGUUCUGCAUCCACAGAUGCAUGCGACAGCGCUCUGGUGUCCAACUUGCCGCCGUCGGCCUUCAGCAGCUCCUCCCAGCUGUCUGCUAGUCACGCUCCAGUCUUCGCCAAGCUCAACAGACGAGAUGGAGCAGGAGGUUGGUCGCCGCAGGCGUCCGACUCAUCUCAAUGGUUGGAAGUGGACCUCGGGGAGCGGACCACCAUCACGGCGUUAUCCACGCAGGGGCGCUACGGCAGCUCUGACUGGCUGACCUCCUACCUACUCAUGUUCAGUGACACCGGUCACAACUGGAAACAACACCGAUUAGAGGACAGCAUUGGGUCUUUUUCAGGCAACAUUAACGCCGACAGUGUGGUUCAGCACAAGCUGAAGCGUCCGGCUAUUGCGCGCUUUCUGCGUCUGCUUCCCACGGGUUGGAACCCCAGCGGACGGAUCGGACUGCGGCUCGAGGUCUACGGGUGUCCUUACAGUUCUGAUGUGAUGUCGUUGGAUGGUCAGGGCGGUGUCGUUUUGUUCUCAUGGAGCAGCGCAUCGAGGAGUUUAUCAGACACAGAGCAGGAGGAAGUCUCGUUGAAGUUUAAGAGUCUGAAGAAUUCCGGGAUGCUGCUGCACGCUCGGGGAGCCUCGCCACUCGGAUUCAGUGUAGAGCUUAAGGCGGGAAAAGUCAUCAUGGCCAGCACAGGAGAACAAGCAAGGAACUCUAAUCCCGGGCGUAGGCAUCUGGCCUCAUUGGGCAGCCUCUUGGAUGACCACCAGUGGCACCAGGUUGCAGUGCAAUGCCAUACCGCUCAAUGCAACCUCACAGUGGACCAGCACAUACAGACUAUAGAGCUACCGCCACAUUUCCACCACUGGCACAUCCAGCAGUUAAGCAUUGGUGGAAUUCCCAACAUCCCAGACGGGAGGUUCCAAGGCUGCCUGGAGAACGUCGCGUACAACCAACAGAACCUGAUUGCGAUGGCCAGGCGAGGUGACCGUCAAGCCACUGUGAUGGGCAAUGUCACCUUCGCGUGUGCCCACCAGACUCUUGCCGUAGCCGCCACCUUCCCCGGGCCCCGAGGCUUCCUCCAGUUGCCGGGGGCACCGUCAGCGACUGUGGGGGGAGUGUCGGUGGGGCUACAGUUCCGGACGUGGAACCGGGAUGGUUUGCUGCUCACCUUCCGGCUCCCUCGGCAGGGCGGCGUAGUUUGGCUGUACCUGGACAAUGCCCAGCUCAGGCUGCGGGUACAGAAGGCUAGCAAAGUACUGUUGGAACUCAAGACAGGUUCUGGCCUGAAUGACGGCCAGUGGCAUUCAGUGGAUCUGAAUUCCAGGCGAGGACACCUUAGCAUCACCGUGGACAAAGACGACACGGCUCAUUCCAAUCCCUCAUUCAACAUUGUCAUCGAGAAGGACCUCUUCUUCGGUGGUUGUCCGGCGGAGGGAGAGCAGCAGGAGGCCUGCAGGAAUCCUUUUGCCUCUUUCCAGGGUUGCCUUCGCCAGCUGACUCUGGAUCAUCAACAGGUGGACCUCAUCCUGGUGCAGCAAAGGAUGCUGGGAAACUACAGUGACCUCCUAAUUGACAUGUGCGGGAUCAUUGACAGAUGUUCUCCGAGUCGCUGCGAGCACGGCGGGCGCUGCACUCAAUCCUGGACGGGUUUCCACUGCAACUGCAGCGACAGCGGCUACGGCGGCGCCACCUGUCACAGCUCGGUGUAUGAACAAUCCUGCGAGGCGUACAAACACAACGGCAACACGUCAGGACAUUUCUACAUCGAUGUGGAUGGCAGCGGACCCAUCAAACCGCAACUGGUUUACUGCAACAUGACAGAGGAGAACACUUGGAUGGAAAUUCGCCACAACAACUCCGAGCUGACACCAGUGCUGCCAUCUAGUGGUGAACAUCAGCACCUUGUACGGAUGAACUACUCUGCUAAUGACGAGCAGCUGAAGGCUGUCAUUGGCCAAUCAGACCACUGCCAACAGCAAAUGGUCUACCGCUGCAGGAAGUCACGCCUCCUAAACACAGCAGAGGGUUCUCCGUUGAGCUGGUGGAUCGGCGGCUCCGCACCAGGUGAACGUCAGGAUUACUGGGCGGGGGCUCAGCCGGGCAGCCAGCAGUGUGCAUGCGGCCUGCAGGGAGACUGCUUGGACCCCAAACAUUACUGCAACUGUGACGCUGAUAGCACUCAAUGGGCUGAGGACUCAGGCUUGCUGACCCACAAGGAGAGCCUCCCUGUCCGCACUCUGGUACUAGGUGAUGUGAAGCGGUCCGGCUCAGAGGCCGCCUACCGGGUUGGGACGCUGCGUUGCCAUGGUGACAAGAAUUUCUGGAACGCCGCCUUCUUCGCUACGGAGACUUCCUACCUCCACUUCCCGACGUUCCACAGUGAGCUGAGUGGCGACAUCUCCUUUCUGUUCAAGACGAGCGCUCCCUCCGGCGUCUUCCUGGAGAAUCUGGGCAUCAGGGAUUUCAUACGCGUUGAGCUGAGCUCUCCUUCCAGAGUUCUGUUCUCCUUCGAUGUGGGCAAUGGUCCUCUUGAGGUCGGUGUGGACUCGAACUCAGCGCUGAACGACGAGCGCUGGCAUCGGGUUCGUGUGGAGCGUAACGUAAAGGAGGCGUCGCUGCGGUUGGACGCCUUGCCCGCCGCUACCCUCCAAGCGCCUGCCGAUGGACACGUUCACCUGCAGCUCAACAGCCAGCUCUUCAUUGGCGGUACGGCAUCCCGCCAGAAGGGUUUCCGUGGUUGCAUACGCUCCUUGCAGCUCAAUGGCGCCACCCUGGACCUUGAGGAGAGGGCACGUAUCACGCCCGGCGUUCGACCAGGCUGCCCGGGUCACUGCGACAGCUAUGGAGCGCUAUGCCAGAACGGCGGCCGCUGUGUGGAGAGGAACAAUGGCUUCCACUGUGACUGCAGCCAGUCUGCUUACGAUGGAGUCUUCUGUCACACGGAGGUAUCGGCUGUCUUCAGGCCGACAACAUCCGUCCGCUACACCUUUCAGAUGGAAGUCUCCGAGCGGGGCAGUGGGACCGUUAGCGCAAAACCACCGUCGCCGUCCUCUAUCUUGUCCGAUUUGAGCCUGAGAGCGGAGAACAUGUCUCUGAGUUUCCGCACCAACCAGAGUCCUGCACUGUUGCUCUACGUGUCAUCGUACCAGCGAGAGUACAUGGCUCUUCUCAUCAAUAAACACGAUAAGAUGGAGGUGCGCUACAAACUCCACGGCAGCAAGGAAACAGAGGUGUUGAGGAGCCGAGCCAAAGGUCUGGCCGAUGGUCGUCUGCAUACGGUGGUCGUCAGCAGAGUCAUGGACGCUGUAUCUGUGCAGAUUGACCAAAGUACUAAAGAGGACUUCAACUUGACCUCCGACAGCGAAUUCAAUGGCAUUAAGUCACUGUUGCUAGGUAAAGUACAAGAGUCUGCAGAUGUAGAUGCUGAUCUGGUUCGCUUGUCCUCGCUGGGCUUCGACGGUUGUCUUUCAUUGGUGCGCUUUAAUUCCGUCAGUCCCCUCAAGGAGGCACUGCGCCAGCAGCACAGUUUAAACGUAGACAUCAGCGGGCCCCUAGUCCGCUCCAAAUGUGGCUCGCCUGGGGCGUCCGAUCCCUACGCCGAGUAUGACACGCCGCACCUUUCAGGCCCAUCAGGUUCGGGCCAGCCCUUAGUCAAUGCCAUGCGGACUGACUCUGCACUCAUUGGAGGGGUGAUCGCGGUGAUAAUCUUUGUGACGGUGGCCGUCCUGGCAGUGGCCGCCAAGGUCCUGUACCGGCGCAAGGAGACGUACCGGAACCAGGAAGUGAAAGGCAGCCAGAGAGAGGAGAGCCAGGAUUUAGCCUCUGAACACCAGACAGACUGCCAGAAUGCCUCUCGGCAGAAUCCUAAGGAGUAUUUCAUCUAG